AUAGUCCAUUUAGAUAUUGACUUUAGAUAUUAGUCUCGGAGAUGCUCUUAAAUAAGAAGAACCCGCUAACUACAACUGAUUAACCACAAUCUCUUCGCACCUUCAAACCAGUGAAUCGCACUGAUACAAAUCUCGCACCACUUCAUCAAAGAAAAUAUCACAGGCGGUGUUUUUUGUGUUUAAAUGGCGAAUAGAGCUCAAAUUCCGACUAAUAAUUCCGCGUUAAUCGCGAUGAUUGCUGAUGAGGACACAAUAACUGGCUUCUUGCUUGCUGGAGUCGGAAAUGUUGACUUGAGGAGGAAGACAAAUUAUCUAAUUGUGGAUGGAAAAACUACUGUUAAACAAAUCGAAGACGCAUUCAAAGAGUUCACCGCAAGAGAGGACAUUGCAAUAGUUUUGGUCAGCCAAUAUGUUGCCAAUAUGAUUAGGUUUCUGGUUGACAGCUACAAUAAACCAAUUCCAGCAAUUUUGGAGAUUCCUUCAAAAGACCAUCCAUAUGAUCCUGCACAUGACUCUGUUCUUUCUCGGGUGAAGUACCUCUUUUCAUCUGAAUCAGUGGCAUCUGAGCGGCGUUAAUCUGUCUGUUAUUUAUGUUAUAUCUUGUUAUUUGGUCCAGCCGCCAGUUUCUGUAGUAAUUUGUUUGUUAUGAAUCAGUUUUGGAACUUCAUAACGGAUUUUAUUUAUGGUUCCGAGUGGAUAUGAUAUUAUGAAUAAAAUGAGUGCUGAUAUAUGUA